AUGCUCCGGGGCCGAGGAGGACCGGGUCGGAGGAGUUUUUAUGCGGAGACACCUAAGUGGGAUCUCCCGGAAGAAUGGGUGUUUGCCAGAGUGGGCAAAGUGAAUGAGGGCGGAGAUCAGAGUGUGACGCGCCAGAACUGGCAGCGCGUGGAGACCGUACUGGAGUUUGGAUUUAUCCCCCAAUCAACGGGGGAAAGACUCAACUCAGAGAUUAGCUCCCGGGAAGGCAGCCGAAAAGCCUUCGCUGGAGCGGAACUAGGGACUGUCCCUCGGUUAAAGACCUCCAAGUCCGGUGUCGGGGCCGGGUUCUGCCGGCACCAGCUGGGACCUGGGGAUCCGGCGGCAGUAGCCACAGCUCCUCUAUCCGCUACCAAUCCGGCUCUGGAGCCCUUUGCCGUGCCUGAACCCGCCUCUGCGCAAGCACCCGCGGCCGGACAGAGAGCAGGAUCCGGUUCCACAGCCGUCUCGGGACCCUCAGCCGGGGCUCGCCGGGCCUCCGUGGCUGGAUCGCAGGCUGGAACCCAGCGCGCACCCGCAUUCUCGGCCGUCUAGGGGAAUGCCCAGUCCGUACGCAACAACUGGGAUGCGUCGCGGACUGGCUUCAUAUUCCAAGGGCCGCCCUUUGGUCCCCGAGCCACUGGCUUGGGGACUGGAAAGGCGACGAGCAUCUUUAAGACACCAGCUGCCUACCUCGGCCAGCGGCCUGGGGUGUCCGACCCCGAGCGCGCCGCCUUUAUUCGGGAGCUGGAGGAAGUGCUGUGUCUUGACCUACGUCCGCCCGUCAAGAAGAUCACCCAAGAAGAGGUCAAAAUGAUGUUAAGUUUGCUGGAGAAGAUUUUACAUCUCAGACAGCAGGUGAGCCUGUGGGAUGACCUCCUUCAGCUGCACUCAGACUCUGAUGAGGAGGAGGAUGAAGAUGAAGAGGAAGAGGAAGAAGAGGAAGAGGAGGAGGGGGACGAAGAAGAAGAGCAGAGGCCUGAGCAUCCCUGUGAAGCCUCAGAGCUGACUCCUGUGACGGAGUCGGAGUCGCACCACUGCCUGCAGCUGGAGGCCCUGCAGGAGCAGCUGCGGCUACUGGAGGAGGAGAAUGAGCAGCUUCGAGAGGAGGUCUCUCAACUUGACGACCUUGAGGAGGAGGAACAGAUAUUCAUCCUGGAUUGUGUGGAGCAGUUUUCAGAGGCCAGCCAGCAGAUGGCCAAGCUGUCAGAGGUGCUGGCGCUCAGGAUGGAGAACUAUGAACAGCAGCGGAGGGAGGUCGCCCAGCUGCAGGUCCAGGUCACAAAGCUACAGCGGUGCUGCCAGUCGUAUGGGGCUGAGACUGAGAAGUUGCAGAAGCAGCUGGCUUCGGAGAAAGAAAUCCAGAUGAAGCUCCAGGAUGAGCUGCAGGACCUGCAGGAGAAGUACUCAGAGUGUGGGGACAUGCUGAUGGAAGCCCAGGAGGAGGUGAAGACCCUCCGCCAGCAGGCCCCGGCAUCCACUGGCUCCGUCACCCACUACACAUACACUGUACUUCUGGAGACCCUGACUGAGGAGCUCAGAAUGUCUAUAAGGAGAAUUAUCUCAGACCGUGUGUUUUUUAUGGAAAGGAAUUAUGAAGUGACUCCAGAGGAGACAUCAGACCUGGGAUAUGAGCUUCGCUACAGAGAGGAGCGAGCACAGGAGCAGGGGCUCGAGGCUGGGGAGGGGCUGAUGCCGGUGGAGGAUUUUGUGCCUGUGGAAGAGUUGGUGCCCGAGGAGCAGCUGGGGGCCAUAGAAGAGGCAGUGCCAGCUGAGGAGAGGGUAACAGAAGAGGCGGAACUGGUGUCUGAGGAAGCUGAGGCCUGGGAGGAUCUGGAGCUGGAGGUGGAUGAAGCAACUCAGAUGAACGUGGUGACCUCAGCCCUGGAGGCCAGCGGCUUGGGCCCCUCGCGCCUGGACAUAAAGUAUGUCCUCCAGCAGCUGGCCAACUGGCAGGAUGCCCAUUUCAGGUGGCAGCUGAGGCAGAAGAUGCUCCAGAAAGGCUUUGCUGUUCCCCAGCAGCCUGCAGAGGCCCCACAGACUGCCUGAGGCCCUUCCUUCUGCUGCCUGGCCAAGCCCCACUCUCCCCAGACCCCUCUUCCCAUGCUCCAAAGCAGGACCCCUGAUCUGUCACCAGCUCACCCCAGACAAGCCUGGACUGGAACUUGAGGGCCCAAGCCUCAAGCCUCUUCUGGGAGAGGCUGAAGGAACCCCGGCCCUUAUUCUGCAGCUGGUGCAAAAGCCGUGGCUGCUGGACCUGGGUCACGUGGUGGCUCUGGGGGUGAAGAAGCCCAGGGGGAGGCCCUGCCAGCUACCAGACCCAGCUGGAUCUCUUGUUCUUGGCUCUUUCUUCCCAGUUCCCAAUUACUCUUUGUAACCGGAAGUGUCUGUCUGUGUGGGUGAGGACUCCCUCUGCCUGGUGGGGGCCUCCCCACCCCAUCUCCUCUCCUCCUACCUGUGACCUGUGAGUAUCCAGGCCCCCUCCCAAGGCCCUGUCACCCACCCACAUCUCCUCAGUGCUCCUUGUUUCCUUGUUCUAGGUUUUUUCCCUCUCCCCCUCUUUACUUCUAGGCAGUGGAGUUGGGGCCCAGGACCCCGCUGCUGUCUGCCCCGAUCCCCACAGUGCUUCUCCCACUCCUGUUGCUUGUCAGUCUGUGUACGUGCUGGUACAGGAAAUAAAGGACCUGUGUGCUGCCUG